CACCCAAUAGCUUCCACAAUCCGUGUGACAGAAAGAGGCUGAGCACAAAGCCCAUGGUCAUGGCCUCAGUCACCUAUUUUACCUCUUGCCUAGCAAGCAUCCUCUUCCACAGCUCCAGCUACCCUCCCUAGCCCUGCUUUUUCCCUACCAGUCGUGCCCUAACCUGGUACCAAUUCACCCCACAACCAUGAUCUUCGGCGGCCUUGAGAUAGUCGCAGGCGGCUACCUGCUCCACCGGCACUACCGCAAAAAGAACCAAGCAAACACCGCCGAAGACGACGCUCAGAAAAAAAGACAUCAUACCUUCCCCGGUGCAAUCUGCGCAAAACAGCAGCAGCAACAGCAACUUCAACAGCAAUAUCAACAACAGCACUACAACAUCCAACACCCACCACAACCACCCCAACACCACCAACCCACCCUCGCCCACCAAAAAUACGCCUACUACGCAAUAGCACCCCAACCCCGCCCCCAACUCUACACCCCCCAAACUCUCCCUCCCCAGGACUUCCACCAUCACCAGUCACCAUCUCUCCCCCCGCACCAGCGUCCCCCUCCUCUCCCGCAAACCCACAGCUUCACCAUCCCACGCCGCCCCGUGCCUCAACGAAAACCCCACAUAAUAAUCCAGCCCUCGCUCCAACGCUCCGACUCCUUCGCAACCCUCUCCCGCAUGCCCAUCGCCAACGGCUCGCGGCCGCACGAUGUACGCGAAGAAAGUCCUGCCUGCAUGACACCUACUGCUGGUGGAGGGCUCGGAGUAGGAGGGGGAGUAUAUGGAAACCCGGGAUACUCGAUGUCGACGCCGGCGUUUGGUGCGACGGCUACGUCGCCGGGGUUGACAUACGAGAUGGCUACGGCGGAGCAGGUGGAGGGGUGGGAGAGGUAUGAGGGGUAUGGCAGGGAGGAAAGGGAAGAGGCGACACCGCAUUAUGCGUCGACUGUUUCGACGGAGUUGGGGGAGCGGGAUGUAGCACCGCCGCCGUAUGUGCCUUGAUGCAUGUGUGGUUGUGGUUGGGAUUGUGGGGGUUUCUUUUCUUUGUGUUUAUUUUCUUGGGGGAAGGGGUUUGUUUGGGUUUUAGGUUUCUUGGUGACGGCAUUAUUUUUGGAUAUGUAUAGUAUUUAAUUGAUAGUAGUUACGGAAUUUAUUAGAUACGAUGACGGUGUGACAGAUUACUGC